CGGCGGCAGCAGGAGAAGGCGGCGGCGGCGGCUGGGGAUCAGACAUGGCGGCGGAUCUGAACCUGGAGUGGAUCUGCUCCCUGCCCCGGUCCUGGACUUACGGGAUCACCAGGGGCGGCCGAGUCUUCUUCAUCAACGAGGAGGCGAAGAGCACCACCUGGCUGCACCCCGUCACCGGCGAGGCCGUGGUCACCGGACACCGGCGGCAGAGCACAGAUUUGCCUACUGGCUGGGAAGAAGCAUAUACUUUUGAAGGUGCAAGAUACUAUAUAAACCAUAAUGAAAGGAAAGUAACCUGUAAACAUCCAGUCACAGGACAGCCAUCACAGGACAAUUGUAUUUUUGUAGUGAAUGAACAGACUGUUGCAACCAUGACAUCUGAAGAAAAGAAGGAACGACCUAUAAGCAUGAUAAAUGAAGCUUCUAACUAUAAUAUGACUUCAGAUUAUGGAGUGCAUCCGAUGAGCCCUGUAGGCAGAACUUCACGGUCUUCAAAAAAAGUUCACAAUUUUGGAAAAAGAUCAAAUUCAAUUAAAAGGAAUCCUAAUGCACCUGUGGUCAGGCGAGGCUGGCUUUAUAAACAGGACAGUACCGGCAUGAAGCUAUGGAAGAAACGCUGGUUCGUGCUUUCUGACCUUUGCCUCUUUUAUUACAGAGAUGAGAAAGAAGAGGGUAUCCUGGGAAGCAUACUAUUACCUAGUUUUCAGAUAGCCAUGCUUACCUCAGAGGAUCACAUUAACCGCAAAUAUGCUUUUAAGGCAGCCCAUCCAAACAUGCGGACCUAUUAUUUCUGCACUGAUACAGGAAAGGAAAUGGAGUUGUGGAUGAAAGCCAUGUUAGAUGCUGCCCUAGUACAGACAGAACCUGUGAAAAGAGUGGACAAGAUUACAUCUGAAAAUGCCCCAACUAAGGAAAUCAAUAACUUUCCCAACCAUAGAGUGCUAAUUAAACCAGAGGUCCAAAAUAACCAGAAAAACAAAGAAAUAAGCAAAAAUGAAGAAAAAAAGGCAUUGGAAGCUGAAAAAUACGGAUUUCAGAAGGAUGGUCAAGAUAGACCUUUAACAAAAAUUAACAGUGUGAAGUUGAAUUCUCUGCCAUCUGAAUAUGAGAGCGGGUCAACAUGUCCAGCUCAGACUGGACACUAUAGACCAGUCAACAUGAACAGUUCAGAGAACAAAACUGUCAAUGUCAGCCUGGCAGAUCUUAGAGGUGGAAACCACCCAAAUACCGGGCCCUUACACACAGAAGCUGAUCGAGUCAUACAGAGGACAAACUCAAUGCAACAGUUGGAACAGUGGAUUAAAAUCCAGAAGGGGAGGGGUCAUGAAGAAGAAACCAGGGGAGUCAUUUCAUACCAAACAUUACCAAGAAAUAUGCCAAGCCACAGAGCCCAGGUUAUGGCCCGCUAUCCAGAAGGUUACAGAACACUCCCCAGAAACAGCAAGACCCGGCCUGAAAGCAUCUGCAGUGUAACCCCUUCCACUCGUGACAAAUCAGUAGGGCCUGGAGCAGAAGAGAAACGGAGAUCAAUGAGAGAUGACACGAUGUGGCAGCUUUACGAAUGGCAGCAGCGUCAGUUUUAUAAUAAGCAGAGCACCCUCCCUCGUCACGGUACUUUGACCAGUCCUAAAACCAUGGUUAAUAUUUCUGAUCAGACAAUGCACUCUAUUCCCACAUCACCUUCCCAUGGGUCAAUAGCUGCUUAUCAGGGAUACUCCCCUCAACGAACAUACAGAUCAGAAGUGUCUUCGCCAAUUCAGAGAGGAGAUGUGACGAUAGACCGCAGGCACAGGGCCCAUCACCCUAAGCAUGUCUAUGUGCCUGACAGAAGGUCAAUGCCAGCUGGCCUGACUUUACAGUCUGUUAGUCCCCAGAGCCUCCAAGGCAAAACGCCAGAGGAGCUUACGCUGCUGCUAAUAAAGCUGAGACGGCAGCAGGCCGAACUGAGUAGUGUCCGGGAGCAUACAUUAGCACAGCUCAUGCAGCUGAAACUUGAGGCCCACAGCCCAAAGAAUGAAAUUCUUUCACAUCAUCUUCAAAGGAACACCAUAUAUUUGGAUCAUCAGAUGAAAGAAAAUGAACCUAUUAUCACCAUGGUUCACACAAUGAUUGAGAACUCGGCGCUAAGACCCCAACUGUACCAGCAACUGUCACAAGAUGAAUGUAGAGGCACAUUAUACAAAUACAGACCCGAAGAAGUGGAUAUUGAUGCCAAGCUAAGCCGGUUAUGUGAACAAGAUAAAGUGGUACAUGCUCUGGAAGAGAAACUUCAGCAACUCCACAAGGAGAAAUACACGCUUGAGCAAGCUUUGCUAUCAGCCAGCCAAGAGAUAGAAAUGAAUGCAGAUAACCCAGCAGCCAUUCAGACCGUGGUGUUACAGAGGGACGAUUUACAAAAUGGACUGCUUAGUACGUGUAGAGAACUCUCUCGAGCCACUGCCGAACUGGAACGAGCAUGGAGAGAGUAUGAUAAGUUAGAAUAUGAUGUGACUGUUACCAGGAACCAGAUGCAAGAACAGCUAGAUCGCCUUGGUGAAGUUCAGACUGAAUCAGCAGGAAUUCAGCGUGCACAGAUUCAGAAAGAACUUUGGAGAAUUCAAGAUGUCAUGGAAGGACUGAGUAAACACAAACAGCAAAGAGGCACUACAGAAACAGGUAUGACAGGAUCAAAGCCUUUCUCAACAGUUAAGUACAAAAACGAGGAAGAGGAAGUAGUCCCACCUCGUCCUCCACUUCCUCGGUCCUAUGACUUUACAGAGCAGCCUCCCAUAAUCCCCCCUCUGCCCAGUGAUAGCAGCUCCUUGCUCUGUUAUAGCAGGGGCCCAGUCCAUCUGCCUGAAGAAAAGAAGAUUCAUCAAGUUCAAGGAUAUCCAAGAAAUGGAUCUCACUGUGGUCCGGAUUAUAGACUCUACAAAAGUGAACCAGAGUUAACAACAGUGGCAGAAGUUGAUGAGUCUAAUGGAGAAGAAAAAUCAGAACCUGUUUCAGAAAUGGAAACUUCUGUUAAAGGUUCCCAUUUUCCUGUUGGAGUAGUUCCUCCAAGGACCAAAUCACCAACACCUGAAUCUUCAACGAUAGCCUCUUAUGUAACCUUAAGGAAAACUAAGAAGAUGAUGGAUUCAAGAACGGAAAGACCAAGAAGUGCAGUGGAACAGCUCUGUUUGGCUGAAAGUACUCGACCUAGGAUGACUGUGGAAGAGCAGAUGGAAAGAAUAAGGAGACAUCAACAAGCGUGCCUGAGGGAAAAGAAAAAAGGAUUAAAUGUUAUUGGUUCUUUAGACCAGUCACCCUUACAAAGUCCCUCAGGCUUAAGGGAUAAUCCGUUCAGGAUUACCCAGACUCGAAAAAGGGAUGAUAACAUUAAGGAACUGGAUAUUGUCAUUAGAGAAAAUGAUGUGAAGCCAAACCAUGAAACUCCUGCAGCAGAAAUUGUUCGACUAAAAGAAAGUGAACCUCAAAAUACAGAUUUCAGCAAAGAGUUGAAAAGCACUGAGGACAUUUUUUCCACAACACUUUUUAAACCUGAACCAAAUGGAGUGAAUUCUGAGGAAGUGAUGGAUAAAGAGAGAAACAAAGAGAAAAUGUCUGAGGAUGUUUCAUUCAGCCCUCAGGAUGAGACACAGAUCCCAAAUCAUAAAGCAGAAAGCCACCCUGAAGAAAAUAUAAAGGACGAUAUUCAUGAGGAGGAAGAAACUAUUGCUUCUUGUGAACAAACUCCUGAGGCUUCUAAAGGAAAUCAAACGAUGGCAGUGAAAAGUCUGUCCCCAUCUCCUGAGUCCUCGGCAUCUCCGGUUCCAGCCGCCCAGCCGCAGCUCACAGAAGGAUCCCAUUUCAUGUGUGUGUAGUCUCAGAAAAACUAUCCUGACUUCUGUCAAAACCAUUGAAAGCUAAGGACGUGGACCUUCAGCAAUGUGAGAAGAUAUUGUACAGUAUACUUUAAAUCUAUGAAAUUCAUAGUUCUGAUGCUUUUGGCCACAGAGCAUCAUUUUAUCACUUCUGGAAAAUGUUUAUUCCAAACAGCUUUAAUGGCUCAUAUGUACACUCCGUAAUCCUAAGGUUGUUGUUCUGACACCAGCUUGCUGCUAUGAUUUCAGAGCACAUAAGUAAAGGUGCUUUUUUAAUGUGCGGUCUACAGCCAGAGCUCACUCAGUUGCUGAUUUCCAGAUUUUGAUGUUUCUAAAAUUUAGGUGGAUUUAUAUUUCUUUUUGCUUUUCAGUACAUAAAUUUAGUUAUUAUUUCGAAUGAAGCUUGUUUUCCUUUUUUUUUUUUUUUUUCCUUCCCAUUUUUGGCUACUGCAAUGGUUUGUUUCACACUUGAUUUGUAAAAAUUUUAUAUAUAUAUUUAAAAUGUGCCAUUUUAUUACUGCUAAGUGAAGAAUGUCCUGUUUUCUGCUACUAUUAUUUCUCAGAUUGCAGCGUCAGCAGUUACUGCCACACUCUUGUCAGCUUAAACACAAAUGUUACCGCUUCCUGUUUCUUAAAGGUACAAUUUAAAAUGUAGGUAUUUUGAAGUACUGGGCUUAUACUUCAUUGGGAUAGAUGUGUACAGCAAUAAGCAGGUUUUCCAAUCCAGUACUUAGUUUGUGUACAAAUGUAAUUAUGUUCGUUGUGUAUAUAUUAUACAAUGAGCACAUGUAAGUAUUAAAGGCUACUUACUAUUGUUUAAAUGCAAAUGUUCAUAUCUCAUUUCUUUUUUAUCAUGUUAAAUAAAUGUUGAUGUUCUUAAAUCA